GAAAAACAACAGCCAGUUAAACAGAUGAUAAUGAAGCAAUGUCUAUUACAGCCAUGCUGUGUGUGUAUUUUUUCCCUUCUCCCAGCAUAUGUAUUUAUGAAGUUCAGCAGCAGCCAUAUGAGAAAUUAGCCUCUGUAUUCACCGGGGUCCUCCCACCCCUCUGUCUUGUUCUCUAAUCCGCCCACAUGUAUCGUCUGAGGAAAAAAAAUAGUGCAGAAGGUGACGCUCCUCCAAAGGAACAGAGAGAGGCACAGAGAGGGAAAGGCAAAGAGAGAGGUGUCUACAGGCUGCAUCUCCAUUGAAACAUUUGCAAGGGAGAGACAGAGGAAGAGCUGAAUGGUAGCUACACCCUGCGCCUGGAAGCGUAGAGACACUGUAACAAAGGCUGGCAAUUAUUUUUGGCAAUAACAAAGAGGUGGGAGAGGGGCUCUGAAAUCGAGGGAAAUAGCAAAAAAAAAAAGAAAAGAAAAAAAAAGAUCCCAGUUUUCAGGGGGACUUCUGCUUCAUUUCAUUCGAAAAAGACUCAUCCCUUUGCCAUCAUCAGCAUGACCAUAAGCUAUAAGUAACAUUCGGCAAUAACGGUGUCAAAACGGGAUUUUCAGCGCGCAAUCCUGUUUUUAUUUUUAUUAUAAUCGGGGGAGAGAAAAAAACGAACCGAAUGCCUACGAGAAACUGGAUACUCUCUGAAAUCAUAAGAAAGAGCGAUCUAACAAAGAAAACUACAUUUUGAUUGAUCUUUUAAGCUUGAUGUGCGUGUUUCUGCACGCGCUCGAAACAGAACCUGAACCAAAAGCAAACUCCUCAGACUCCUCCCUCCUCCUCCCUUCGGUUUCUCUCAUCCUCUCCCUCCCCCCCGGUCCUCUAUGCUCAGUUCGGUGUGUGUAUCCUCUUUCAAAGGGCGCAAGGGUGGGAACAAGUCGUCCAACAAAGCAUGUUACAGCGCAGACAUGACUUGUCCGUCGGAAAGCGAGAAAAUCGUAAUAAACUGCGGGGGGGUGCGGCAUGAGACCUACCGGAGCACCCUAAAAACGCUGCCCGGUACCCGCUUGUCGUGGCUCACCGAGCCGGAUGCGUUCAGCAACUUCGACUACGACCACAAAUUAGACGAGUUCUUCUUCGACCGCCACCCGUCAGUGUUUUCCUUCAUCCUCAACUAUUACCGCACCGGGAAGUUGCACUGUCCCAACGAUGUGUGCGGUCCCCUGUUCGAAGAGGAGCUGGCUUUCUGGGGCAUCGACGAGACGGACGUGGAGGCGUGUUGCUGGAUGAAUUACCGGCAGCACAGGGAUGCGGAGGAGGCGCUGGACAGCUUCGAGAAUCCAGAACCGGACGCGCCGGACGACGAGCCGGCGCUGGGCGGCGCGGAUGGGGACUUGAAAAGACUGUGCAUGCAGGAGGACGCGAGGAAAGCGGGCUGGUGGAAAACCUGGCAGCCGCGAAUAUGGGCACUGUUUGAAGACCCGUAUUCCUCCAAAUAUGCCCGGUAUGUGGCAUUCGGCUCCCUGUUCUUCAUCCUCAUCUCCAUCUCCACUUUCUGCAUGGAGACGCAUGAGGCCUUCAACACCAUCCUCAACAAAACAGAGAACGUCACGGUGGGCAACUCGACUCGGGAGGAGAUUGUAUAUGAGGUGGUGACCGACAGCUGGUUGACAUACGUGGAGGGCGUAUGCGUCAUCUGGUUCACCAUUGAGGUCUUGCUGCGUGUCACCUUUUGCCCAGACAAGCUUGAAUUCUUCAAAAGCAGCCUCAACAUCAUCGACUUCGUCGCCAUCCUGCCCUUCUAUCUGGAGGUGGGCCUGAGUGGUCUGUCCUCCAAAGCUGCCAAGGAUGUCCUGGGGUUUCUCCGUGUUGUCCGGUUCGUCCGUAUCCUCCGAAUCUUCAAGCUGACCCGCCACUUUGUGGGUCUCCGUGUCCUGGGACACACCCUGCGUGCCAGCACCAACGAGUUCCUUCUGCUGAUCAUCUUCUUAGCCCUUGGUGUCCUCAUCUUUGCCACGAUGAUCUACUAUGCUGAACGUAUUGGUGCAGACCCAGACGACCCAACUGCCAGCGCCCACACCAACUUCAAGAACAUUCCAAUAGGAUUUUGGUGGGCCGUGGUGACCAUGACCACGCUGGGCUAUGGAGAUAUGUACCCGGAGACGUGGUCAGGGAUGCUGGUGGGUGCUCUGUGUGCCUUGGCUGGUGUGCUGACCAUUGCCAUGCCUGUACCUGUAAUUGUCAACAACUUCGGCAUGUAUUACUCUCUGGCCAUGGCCAAACAAAAGCUGCCCAAAAAGAAGAACAAACAUAUCCCCCGAGCACCCCAACCAGGGUCCCCCAACUACUGCAAGCCAGAUGCCCUGGCUAUGGCUACCGCGUCACCGCAAAGGCUCUUGGGAAAUGUCCUAGGUGGAGUGAUGGGGUCGGGAGGCAUUGGGGGUGACUGUCCUCUCGCCCAAGAAGAAAUUAUAGAGAUUAAUAGAGAUUCCAAGCAGAAUGGCGACGCAGCCUCGGCCGCCCUGGCUAACGAGGACUGUCCCACCAUCGACCAGGUGCUGAGCCCAGAUGAGAGAAGCCCUAUUGGGCGAGGGCCUACCCGGGAACGCUACCAGCAGGACCGCGCCUGCUUCCUGCUCAACACCAGGGAAUUCCGUGCCACAGAUGGGAAUGUGCGGAAAGAGGCAGCAGCCCUGGCACCCAGCCCAGACUCCCCUCUGACUGAGGAUUGGUAUAAGAUGGAAGGGUCUCUGUUACAGCAGGACCUCAAUGCAAACUCCACCUCCUCCUGGAUCAAACCAUAGACCAGAGUGUUAAGUUUCUAGCAUUCGCCUUCUCUCUAAUGAGGAGUCAGUAACCGGUAAACACAAAUUUGCGGCGGGAGCCACGUAAGCUACAGGUGUGACGCGGAUGGACGGUUUUAAGGAGAUCUUUGGGGUGACAAGAGAGAGACCAGAGGUUAAUCAUGAAUUUAAAAAAAAAUCACAUGGUCUGCUCCUCACAUUGUUACCAAAGCAGCCUCUUGGAACUCCGACCACAUUUUUGACAACUGUCCGACUGACCUUUUCCUUUUUUUCCCUUUUUUUGGCAAACUGACUGAGCAUUGCACUGACACACUUUUUGGGAGAGAAAAGGACUCCUGAUUACACAUUCCAGAUGACAUCUCUCUGACAACAUUAUUCUCGCAAUCUUGUAUGAUGACCAACUCAGUACCAUCGCCAGUGCUGAACAACUGAGCAACUUCACAAGUUUCCGAGAAAAACACUUGUCUUCACAAAGGACUGAAUGAACAAUGUAGCAUCUCUGCUAACAUAUUGUAGCAUUUGUUGGCCGGGAAAUAACUUGACUUAAUCCAUCGACGGUUGGAAGAGAGAGGAAUUUAUGCAUACAAGGGAUCUUUUUAGAUGUCAUUUUCCUUUUAGGUUCCUUUCCAGUGAAGAAAAAAAAGUAGUACAUGAGAGACAAAGGAUUAGUCUUACUCGUUAAAACAUUCCAAAAAAAAUGCACUUAAUAAAAACAGUGCUUAUGAAAUCAUUCACAAAUGCACAGUAUUUACACCUAUAGUCCCUUAUUCAAGUUUAGCACUUGUAUAGCAUGUUUGCCACUGAAACUAUGUCUUCCAUUCACUUCUAUCAGACUGAAACUCUGCCCUCUUCACAAGUACUGAGAAAAUCCAAAACAGCACGAACUAUGAAGCUGAACAAACGAAGCACAUGUAGCAUCAGCUCAAACAGGUCAUGUACGGCAUUUUCACAACAAACACUCACCACGAAAAUGGUGGCACAAGACUCAUCUUUAUCUCUCAUGUACUGACAUGAAAACCUAUGUGGGAAACCAAAGGUCCUGUAGCAAACACUUGCUGAAUGACCUUCUGUAAUGUAUAGUAGAUUAGGAGGAAUAUUCCAUUUAGGAUGAGGCUUGUACUCACCCUUACACUGCCCAUAGCCUCUGUUUGGUAGAAAACACAUUCCUCUAAAAGUACUUUAACUGCCACUAGCAUCACAUCCCUAUAUGCACAUUUAAAUAUUUUUCCCAUGUCUGACUGACAGUCAUGAGGAGCAAAAAGACUGACUCAAGGAGACAAAACAGACGUCCUAGAGACAAUUGUCCGUCUUUCUUCAAUAUCAAGGGAUAUUGGCCUGCCUAAAUUACAACGAGAAGGACGCCCCUGCCACAAGGACACUUUUUAUGUCACAUAAACUGACCAUUAGCUGGAAAUUCUGUGCUUUGAUUUCGAAAGGGACCAAUCAGAUAAAUGCUACUCCGAACACAAAGGCUGACACUGCCAAUUAGGCACAAGAAUUUCCAGAAGAAUACUGCCCCAUCUCUCUCUUGUCCCUCUUGCUGCCAACGACUGCUUUUCAGGCAGGUCGAUGUCAAGAAAAGGAUGGCCCAUCAGGGGAGCAAAAAGGGGAAAAAACAAGAAAUGGACCAAGAGUAGAGCACGUGUGGAAGUGUACAAAGAGAACAAAUCUAUAUUUUGAUAAACAAAUCAACUAUCCAUGGCUUCGGAGGAAGUUUCUGAGCAGAAAAGGUCCAGAAUGGAAGAAAGAGAAAAAAAAAAUCAGAUGCAAAUGUUAAUAGAAAAAUUUGGCAUCAUGAAAUGGAGUCAAAGUCCUGGAAAAAAAAAAGAUGGGAAGUGAAUAUUUUGUUAUGGGGAGUGGGCGAAGUUAUUUUCCCCACAAGCAUGGGGAAAAUGUUUUUUCUUUUUUUUUUUGAAAGACAAUGAGCAACAACAGACUCUUGCCUAUGAAGACAUGGCUAUGACAAAGGAUGGACGCUGAGAUAAACAAAUGAAAAAAAAAAAGAUAAUGCAUUUUUGUAACUUUGUUUACCAGCAUGACUAGUUUGCAUGACUGUCUUUUCUGCAAGCCCUUAGUUGAAGACAAGGGUGCUAGAGAUACAAAAAAGUAUAUAUAAAAUGAAUUAAAAAAAUGUUAUAUGCAAUUAAUGUUUUAAAAAAGAUUAUAAUGAAAGAGAAGAGCUAUAUUUUGUUUUGAAGAGUAAAAAAAAUGUGAAUAUUGAAACAUGUAUGUUUGCAAAGUACACCCUGAACUAUGUUUUGUUUGAUGAAAUCUCUCUGCUACUACUGCCCUACAUUCCCCAUUCCAGUGUUUUUGACCGCUGCCAUAAUUUUACUUUGUUAUGCAUCAACGGCGAUUUUCGAGACUUUGCCAAACUAUAGCAUUUGAGCAAAGGUUGUUUGUUGUUAAGUCCAUGUUUUCCUCCUUGAAUCAUUUGCACAACUACCGUAGCAGCAGCAGCAACAGCAGCAGCAGCAGUUCGAAAACAACAGCUCUCCAUUACCACAACUUUGACUGCUUGAUUAGUACUCACAGUUUGCUUUUUUUCUUUGGCAAUAAUACAAGAGUUGUCACAUGAUUGUAGCAGGCAAACGGAGAACCUCGAGAGUAUCUUCAGCGCCUCAGUGUCAAAGAGAUUUGUGAAGGCCCUGGAUGUCCCAUGGCAGGAUUUUGCUGGGAUGGGCAGUUCUGUUCCAUUAGUCCUACGUAGAAAAAUGGGAGUACAGGGACAGGUUAUCCAAUAAAAAGACCAAUAACAGACUAGGAAAGAUACUAUACUGGCGAACAAUCAAGAGAGAUUUCAGGUUUGCAUGGAACCAACUGCCAUUCCAAAGUUUGUGUGUGGUUUAAAGGACUCAGGUGUGUUGAUGGUGUGUGUGGAUGUAGGUGUUUUCUUUCUAACAUAAUAAAUUCUAGUAUAUAGAUAACGAUAAUGUGAACACCUCACCGUGACGUGUAAAAAAACGCAUGCAUUAUGACUUGAUAAUCUCUCGAGGGGGGAACAGAGUCUUGACAUAUCCCCUAAGCCUCCUGUCAUCGUUCGUCAUGAAUCCCCGUCCUGAUAACUAUGAACACUGUGCUGUGUCGUAGAGCAGAAACGUCUUCCUUCGAGAGGCAACUGAAAACUACUCACACUCACAGUGUCAGCAUGAGUGUGUAGAGGUAGCUCGUCUUUGUUUCUUGUUUUGGAUGGUCAGGUCUUUGCAUUUGUCAUUACCCAUAGAGUUACUGUCAUCCAGCUGGCUAGUCGGCAGCUCAUUACAGCACACAACACAGUCAUGUGAGCACCAAUCAAAGAGACCCAGAGCUUCCAAAAUGAUGUCAGUGAAGUAGUUUAAGUGUUGCGAGACAGAGAGGAUGAGAGAUACCAGUAUCCACCGAGGGGAGAUUAACGAAAGUUUUUUAUUUUUAAAAAAGCAUCUCAUUGUUGAGUGCUCUCUAAGCACCUCAUCCUUGGUUCCGGUAUUCCAAGUGAGUUUCAGGCCCUGCUGGUCCAGGGCUCAGCUCAGGCAGCUGAAUGGUCAUCUGUCCAUUCCCAGUACAUUAUAGUUGGAGGCUCACCAGGAUAUCGUGUGAUGUAGACUACACAGACUAUUCAAGGUUUUACAGGUUCUAGAGCUUCUGUCUAUUUGCUAAAAUGAUCCGCAGGAUUUUGUUUAGCUCCCUUGUCUUUUUAAAGCUCCCAGUUUUCAGUUCCCAUUUUGGAAGGCAUUAAGCAACUUUGGCUUCGAUGGUCACAAAGACGUUUAUGAAUAUUUCAGAGGAAAACUUCGAGCAAUGGUGUGCACACUAGCAAAAACAUUGUGCUUCACCCAGCUGUUUGUGUUUUUCAUGGCCCGAGUGCUGUCUCUCUUUUCUUUUUUUCCCUUAUUUGUCACCGUUUCGUUUGCCAUGUCUUCAUUCUCUACAUUGUGACUUCUCUGCCAAUGCCAGGCUGAAAAAAAGAUGUCUUUCCUUUUCUAUUGCAUAAUACUGCCAUGUGAUUUUGUCAUGAUGAACAGAAUGAGUUACAAUGUCGAGAGUGCUAAGUCUGUUUUAAAGUUUUGCAAUCUGUUUAACAAUGAUUUCCUGUGUUACACUCACAUAACCAAAAGAACAAAAAUGCUUUACAUGGUAAGUAGGUGCCACUGUUAACCUAACGGCUACUGUGUGUUGUGACAAUAUUAUGACAUGUCCUCUCCGGGUGUUUGGAAGGUGUUGUGUGGUCCUUGGUUGCCACAUAUUCUACAAUAUCCUUAUAUUACUAUAUUACUUAUGUACUUAUGUACCUUAUGUUUCUGUUGAAUAUGUUUUUUGUUUUUUUAAAUUGAGGACACUGUAUGCAAUCUGCACCACGAAUGCCACUGAUCGACACUUACUGUACGCUCCCUGAGACACAGAUGUUCUGUCAUCAGUUCAGAUGAUUGCAACCACAUGUGUAGUGGCUUUAUGGCUUUCCAUAAAGUGACUUAGCAAUCACGCUAAUCUAAAAAUAUUUUGUUUUACAAAGUGAUAAGACCAGAGUUGUUUUAGAGGAAGCAUUAUCAUACUGGAUAGAUUUUUUUUUAAAUAUAUUCUAUAUAAUCUUAUUUUAAUCAGAAAUAAUGUGACGAAAGCCACAAAAGUCAUCCAGACAUACAUACAUCUAAUAGUACAGGAUAACAUCAUGCAUUCACGUAAGCAUUCCAAAGAUAAAAGAUGUAUGUUCAUUUUACAUGCCAUCAAAUUGUAUAAAACAGACUUAGGUACUAGUCCAUUGUACUACGGUCUUAGUAGGAGAGUGAAUGGGGAGAAGAGGUGGCCACUGGAGUAUCUGGUUGUGACUUAUGCCGGAUUUUAUUUUUGAAAUGUUGGGACACAAUGAACAACUCAUCAAAAACUGUAUAAAGUAUAUUUCAAUGGAAUGUUCAUGAUCUAUCUUUUUAUAUUUUGAAGAAAAAAUAGAAACAUAUCAAUAAAGUGUCAUAAUUGAACAUAUUUCUACUAUUGAGACUUAAAAUGUAUGAAUGUCAAUGCGAUCUAAUGUGAACCGAUCUCCAUAGCAGCUUGAAUGAAUAACUGAUUAACAGUCAUGAGAUGCUUUUUCAGAGACAUAAAAAUUGCUUAAAAUCAUUGAAAUGAACUUAAAAUAAAUGAAAAAGUGACAUCACUGCUGUGUCAGUUUGUUUAAAAGCUUG